GCCCUAAAAUUCUGAUCUUUCCCGCCCCUAUCGCUCUUUCUAUUCUCUCUCCCUCGUUCCUUACCUGUCUCAGUGUCGUUCUCUUUUAUCUAAUUUCGCUCUUCUUACGUUCUAUUUUCGAUUCUUCAGGGCAACUGUAUCUGAAGUGUUUAAAACUACGAAUUCCUUCGUUUCGCAGGUGAAGUACUUUGUUUUAUUGCUGGGGUAUUUUUUUCCGAGCAAGUUUGCUUCUUAGGUCUGCAGUACUACGACUUGAGGAAUUUUGGUGGAAUUAGGGUUCUUCGUGAUUUGAUAUCUACUUGCAGAUCUCUGAACUUAGUAUUGAGUUGGGUUCGGUUGGGUCUGCGGCUUCUUAAUUUGUACUGUCAUGUUUUACUGAUAAUUUCGUUGCGUGGGAGUGGUAAGGCGGUGGAGAAUCAAGCUGCCAAUGCCAUUUGUCACAGUUCUGCAGAAAUUUUCGGUGAUUUUUGAGAUACCGGAAAAAGUUGGACCUCAAUGUCUUGGGCAGGCCCUGAAGAUAUCUUCCUUUCCACAUCUCUUGCGAGCUACCUCGACAAGAAACUUCUUGUUUUGCUGCGAGAUGGUCGAAAACUCUUGGGGAUACUUCGCUCUUUUGAUCAAUUUGCCAAUGCUGUUCUUGAAGGUGCUUGUGAGCGGGUGAUUGUUGGUGAUCUCUAUUGUGACAUUCCCUUAGGUCUCUAUGUAAUUCGUGGGGAGAAUGUUGUCUUAAUUGGUGAGCUGGACCUUGAGAGGGAGGAGCUUCCCCCACAUAUGACUCGUGUUUCAGCUGCAGAAAUAAGAAGGGCACAGAAAGCAGAAAGGGAUGCGACAGAUCUUAAAGGCUCCAUGAGGAAAAGGAUGGAGUUCCUUGAUUUGGAUUGAUGAUUUAUCUUCACACAUUUGGUCCGCAAUUUUUGUCCAGUGACUGAAUGUCAUCUCAGAAAAGAAAAGAAAAGGAAAAAAAAAACCUGAGGCGGCAAAUAUUUUCGCGGUUAGUUGCUGCCAGGGGAGGUAACAAGGGAAGAGGUUGUUCUGCCCCUUUGUUAAUCCGCUGCCAUGAUUUGUAUCUUUGGAAAACUGCCCUCCCUUUUGCUUUUUGACAAUUCUCGAGAUUGAAUUAACUUACGAAUGGUUGUAUCAAUUUGUUAUUAAUGUUUAUAGACUCUAAAGUCGAAGGCGGUGCUUUUUCUUCA